AUGAGGAACCUCGAGAUGGUGAAUAGUGCUCCAAUGGCGGGUAUGAACAAGACCUUCUUUCUGCAGAGGAAGUUUAGAGUGAGAAUGGCGUUUCAAAAUGGGCCAAAAUCCCAAAUAUACCCUAUAAAGUGGAGUGGCGUAACGUUUCACCGCGCUUUUCCAAAAACGAGCGCACCCGAUUUUAUACACGAAAAGUCAAACUUUUGGGGCGUGUGCCCACACUAUCAUCUAGGGUUGUAUAACACCAAUGAAUUUCGUGACCUAUCAUCUAGGGUUGCUUCUACAAAGCAACAGUUAGAUGAUAUCCAAAGUGCCCUGGGUUCAAACCCUAGUGAUACAGCUAAUCAAGCUUCUAAGAAGGUAUUGUGUAAACAAUACCUUACUCUUGCAAGAGCUGAGGAAAGCUUUGCAAGGCAAAAAUCUAGAAUUCAAUGGCUUAAAUUGGGGGACCAAUGUACCUCAUUUUUCUUCAAAUCAAUCAGUAAUUCUAGGAAUAGAAAUAGGAUUACUAGCUUGGUUUUGGAAGAUGGUACUGUCACCCAGAAUAUUGAACAGGUCAAAUCCUCUUUUAUCAAUUAUUAUUCCAAGCUACUAGGUUCCCCUCAUCAAAGUAGUUAUGAUGGCACAUCUAGAGUCCAGCAGCUCAUCACUAGGAAAUUCUCUGAGUCUCAGAAACUUGAUAUGGUUUUGGAAGUAUCUGACAAAGAAGUUAAGGACAAUGUUUGGUCUCUUACACCUCAAAAAGCCCCUGGUCCUAAUGGAUAUAAUGCUACCUUCUUCCAUAAGGCAUGGCCUGUGAUCGGCCAUGAGGUCAACUCUGCUGUCAAAUCAUUUAUCAGAUUUGGCCAACUGUUAAAGAAAGCGAAUGCAACAUUGGUUGCUUUUAUCCUGGCUCAUAGAAUUAAGUCUGCUCUUUCUCACUUGAUUGAUCCAGCACAGUCUGGCUUUGUGCAGCGUAAGAGGAUUGCAGAUAACAUAUUCCUCACACAGCAAUUGAUGAGGCGGUAUCACAAGCAAUCCCCCACCCCUAGGUGUGCUAUGAAAGUGGAUAUAAUGAAGGCCUAUGAUAAUGUUAGGUGGGAAUUCCUUUGGGAUAUCCUUGCCUCUAUGAACUUCCAUCCCCAGAUGAUUAGGUGGAUAAAGGCUUAUAUAACCACUACCAACUACUCCCUCAGCUUCAAUGGGGGGGCCAUUGGGUACAUUCCUGGUCAAAAGGGUUUGAGGAAGGAUAACCCCUUAUCCUCAUACUCAUUUGUUAUUGUCAUGGAGGUACUUACUUGUAUUCUCAAGGAGAAAUCCCUACUGCCUGACUUCAACUUCCAUUGGAAUGCGGAUCCACCAAACUUGUAA